UGGAUACUGACGGCCGCCCACUGUACUAAUGAAUGGCCCGACGAUUACACCGUUAACUCAAUAUUUGCUACAUUUGGUGAUGAAGAGGAAGGCAACCAAAUCUAUGUUAAUAUAUCUCAGCAUUAUUUGAAUGGUUUCAACAAGACCAAUUUCAAAGACGACAUCGCACUUUAUAAACUCGAUAGACCGCUCGACUUCAACGGUCGGGAUAGCUUUCUGGAGCCGAUAUGUCUGCCGCCCCGGGGGUUGAAUAUCCCGGCGGGCGCUAAGUGUACGGUCACGGGUUGGGGCGUCACAUCGACAAAUGGCACUGAAUCAAGAACAUUGCGCCAGGUACAAUUGCCUAUUGUGGACAAUGCUUUGUGCUCAUUGAAAUGGGAGCGCUAUUUAGACCCGCGACACAACUUUGCACCGGCUAUUUGUUUGGCGGCGAAGAUUUCUGGUGAUAGCGGUGGAUCGUUGAACUGCCAACUGGCCAAUGGUGCGUACGUCGCUCAGGGUAUUGUCUCGUUCACCGAUGCACGUGGUUGUGGUUUGGCCUUUUCACCCAGCGUGUUCACUCGAGUAGAACCGUACAUACCGUGGAUAGAAAGUGUGACCGGGCUCAAAUUUUAG